CGUAGCGCAACCUCGGCAAUUCUCCCUUUAACAUGACUAGCGCGGAGUCCUGUGUUCCAUAUUAGACGACAGGCUCACCUCGUCAAGAAGGUAUUCAACCAAGGCCGGAAUCAUUGAGUGCCAGCAUUACAUAUACAAGUAUCUUGACUCUUACUGGAUACCACCUGAGCCCUAGGAACUUCCGGAAUCCUGAUAGAGUUGCUACUUUUAGUCCGCGCUCAAUAGAGUCGGCCUCGGAAGUCGAUUUUUGGCCAGCGUCACUUGCUAUACCCCUGUGUCUAUAUACAAAGGAAGGCCUCCGGACUAAUACAUAAUUAUCCGUGUAUGGUGUGUUUGCGAAACCUCGAGAAAUCAACUCUCCAAGGCGGAAAAAGAAGGACCAAACAGCUGUUCCUCUCGGAGUCACUUUGGAAUUCUUCUUGCAGACUAACUGUCGACCUCAUUGAUCUGAAGAAGUGACCAUGUCUGCUCAAGCUACCAAUUUCCACGGCUGGGUUGCUCACUCCGCAACCGGUCCUCUCACCUUCACCACAUUUAAACCCAAACCCUUCACAAACAUUGACAUCGAGAUCAAAAUCACGCACUGUGGGGUCUGCGGCUCAGACAUCCAUACCCUCCGCUCAGGCUGGGGUCCAACAGAUUAUCCAUGUGUCGUCGGCCAUGAGAUUAUCGGGAUAGCCACACGAGUCGGUUCUGGAGUGGCAACGCUGGCUUCUUCUCCCGCUUCAAGAGCCAUCAAAGUUGGUGACCGCGUUGGCGUUGGUCCGCAGAGCAUGUCAUGCCUCAAGCCCGAUUGUGAGGCCUGCUCGACCAAAAGGGAGAACUACUGUCCUCGUAUUACGGGAACAUAUGCCUCGCGGUACGCUGAUGGAAGCAAAUCCUACGGCGGAUACGCGACGUAUUGGCGUGGACCAGCGCAUUUUGUAUUCAAAAUUCCCGACGCAUUGCCAUCUGCAGAAGCUGCGCCAUUGCUUUGCGCGGGAAUUACUGUCUUCUCGCCCUUAGUUCAGUGCGGCGUCGGCCCGGGGAAAUCAGUUGGUAUCAUCGGAAUCGGCGGGUUAGGGCAUUUAGGUAUCCAAUUCGCGAAAGCGCUGAAUUGUGAUCGCGUGGUGGCUGUCUCUCGGACAUCCAGCAAGCGCGACGAUGCAAUCAAGGGCCUUGGAGCAGAUGCAUUCAUCGCUACAGACGAAGAUAAGAAUUGGGCGAAGAAAAACUCUAGCACACUCGAUAUCAUUCUCUGCACGGUCUCCUCACCGAAAAUGCCACUGUCCCAGUACCUCCGUUUGCUCAAAUUAAAUGGAUCAUUCGUCCAGCUUGGUGCACCGGAGGAUCCCUUACCACCUAUCAGGGCGGGGAGUUUGAUUAUGAAAGGUGUCAAGCUCACAGGAUCUAAUAUUGGGUCUCCGGAAGAGAUUAGGCGGAUGCUUGAAUUGGCAGCUGAGAAGAAAGUUUUGCCGUGGGUUCAAACGAGACCGAUGAAAGAGGUCAAUGAGGCGUUAGUGGAUAUGCAUGAGGGGAAGGCGAGGUAUAGAUAUGUUCUUACUAAUGAGGCAGAUGGUGAGAAGGCGAGGUUGUAAUUAUAGCAUUGUGAAUAACAAUACUUCGGACAUACCGCUUCAUAUCUUAGCGUGCGAAUAUCAGUAUAUCAAGAGGCC